AUGGGGAUUAAAAAGCUAAGGCUGAUGAACAAAGCCUUCUUGAUGAAGCUCGGAUGGGCCAUGUUGGGCCAUUUGGAGGCCAACUGGGUGAAAGCUGUGAAGUCAAAGUAUGGGUCGGCCUCACAAGAUGGACAGGGACUAAGAAGAUCACGAACAGGUCUGGGUUCUUUAACUCCAUUAGGAAAAUAUGGAAGCCCCUGGUCCAAGGAGCCCAAUUCAUGCUGGAGUCUGGAGAUGGUAGUUGUUCCACCACCUGUUGCCGACGUCGGAGAUGAUGAAAGUUGCGGCAGUAAGACCGCAGGAGGUAAGUAG